AUGCCUAGACCUAAGGUACCAGGCGUCGUUCCGAAGAAGAGAUCUCGCUACGGAUGCUGGCCGUGUAAAGCGCGCAAGGUCAAAUGUGGAGAGGAAAAGCCAAACUGCUUGAAUUGUGAACAUCAAGGCGAGCCGUGUGACUACAGCAUCAGACUCAACUGGGGUGGACGCACAAAGCGCGAGCCGAUGAACCUGGGCUCAGGAGCAUCAAGCACUGCGUCAGACAGCCCUUUCAUACCCACUUUCUCGUUUGGGGAUGAUGCGUUGCCGUGGUAUCCUCCGACCUCAGAGGCAUCAGCGCCGCCAAAUAACGCGAACCGACAUGGUCUUUCUUCGUCACAGAACUCCACUCCUCGACCAAGCCCUACUGUUGUUGAUCCUGAGUUAGCCAGAAUAGGUCGGUCGGGAUCUCACCAAUUUGGAAGCAAUCUCACAUAUCAGCAAGGCCAGUUCACUCAAAGUGUCAAUGGACUGCCCGCAUCGGCGCCCUUCCUCCAAAGUCAAUUCCAGACGCAAUUCGAAUUUCCUCCAUCAGGUCCUGUACUGGACGAGUUCGCGUACAGCAAUGUCGGGUUCACAUCCGUCAAUGCAGAAGCGCCUCUUUCUCCGCCAUCAAUGCCUCCUCCUAGAGGGUCAGGGGACUUGAUGUACAAGCGGCACAAGUCGAGUCACUCAGCAGACUCACCUACGACGGCCCUCUCGGAGGCAUAUUCUCCAAACCCAGGCCCGCCUACACCCUACAGCCCCUUUGUUACGAUGCCGUUGACCCCGAACUCUUCAGUAGGCUCUGAAGACCCAAGCGCGCGCUCUUCGGCGAGCCACCAAAGCCCCGCAUACCCGCCUUCCGACCUUCGCCGACUGUCUGUCCAGUCGCUGGUCAACAACACUCAUGGCAGCACCUUUCAGGAGUACAGUCAGGAUGAUGAGGCAAGACGACGAUAUCCCGUCACGGACUCCGAGUCGACAAUAUAUGGCUACGACCUGGGACUCCCCGACUGGGACACGCCGCGCAACAAAGACGACUCGGCCAUCGCCGUCUUCAGCCCCGAGAUGGGGACCAGGGCGCUCUACAGCGACCUCCGCGUCGACGACGCCGAGCCUCGCGCCCGGGACAUGGCCUUUGGCAAGGGCGGAUACUACGCGAAGCCGGUGCAGAUACGGAUACCAAAGUCGCUGGAGCCGCUGCCUCCGAUCCUCAUGGAGAACAUGAUGAAUCUGCUCUACUUCCACCACUUCAUCAACCACACGGCGCGUAUCCUCGUCCCGCACGACUGCGAGAAGAACCCCUUCCGCCAGAUCCUCCCAGAGAUGGCCGUCCGCGAUGCCUCGAUCAUGAAUCUGCUGCUCGCGUACUCGGCCUCGCACCGUGCACGCAUGCUCGCCCAGUCCGAGCCCAGCAACCGCAUCGCCGUUUGGGUGCAAGACGUGUUCCCAAAGCUGCGGCAAUCGCUCGCGUCGAACCCGCGUGAAAUCCCCAACUCGACGCUCGCAGCCGUCAUCAUGAUGGCGUCGUUGGAAAUCAUCGCCUCCAACACCUUCGAGGUCCCCAUCUCCUGGCAGAGCCACCUGCAGAUGGCGCGCGCCAUGGUGCUAGCGCGCGGCGGCCCGCAGGGCGUCGACCGCGCCGAUCGAGUGAGCUACUUCCUGUCCCGAUGGUUCGCGUACCUGGACGUUCUGGGGUCGCUGUCGGGAAGCCGAACCGACACGCCGCUGGGCUCCAUGUACUGGAGCCGGUUCGACGCGGCACACGACGAGGAGCUGGAGAUUGACUGCCUGAUGGGCUUCACGAACCGGUGCGUGGGGAGCCUGGCGCGCGUCUCGGAGCUCGCCAGGGCGUGCGAGCCGCUGCGCAUCGACUGCCAGGGCAAUAUCAGGGAGGACUGGCAUCCCACCCCGGCCAUCUACGAGCAGGCGCUCGCCAUCAAGGCGGAGCUGGAAGCGGGCCUGGGCGAGCGCCACGUGCAGCACUGCACGCACUCUGCGUCGUCGUCGUCGGCGUCGGAGCAACAGCCCGCGUGGGAUGCGACGGAGAUCUACGCGACCAACGCCAUGUUCCACUGGGGCGGGCUGGUGCACCUGUACCGGCGAGUGCUGGGGAAGCGCGCAGCGGACCCGGCCGUGCAGGGCGCGAUACGCGAGAUUGUCGAGCUGCUGAGCAAGGUCCGCCGCGGGUCCAGCGCGGAGGCGUGUCUCCUGUUCCCCAUGUUCGUUGCGGGGUGCAAUGCGCAGGACCCGCGGCAGAGGGAGAAGAUUAUGGAUCGGCUCCGGGGGGUCGAGGCGUUUGGGAUGACGCAGAUUGAUCGGGCGAGGAGUCUUAUGCAGAGGGUUUGGGAGACGGCGAAGCCGUGGGAGAGUCUGGUCAGUGGGGAGUUCUUUGGCUGA